AUGGAGCAUUCUGGGCGAAUAGCGCACCUGCGCGGGGAGGACUACCUCAACGUCAAGUACUCGCACACGCGGCGGCAGUGGAUGCAGCGCUACUUCCUUGCGGGCUUCUUUGCGUGUGCUGGGCUGCUCGAGCUGUUUCUGAGCGCGUUUGACAGCUACCGCGUGCUGGUGUACACGGAGGCCAUCAUCGACCGCCACCGCUUCCUGUACAUGGGCGUGUUGCGCGUGGUGAAUGUGCUGACGUACUUCCAGCUGGCCACGCUGCUGCUGCCGCACAAGCUGCACCCGCCCAUGACCAGUGUGAUGAUGCGCCACCACACGACAGAGCAGGCGAUAGCGCGGCACAGACACAUCCACGGUACCCGUGGUGUUGGUGGAGAUGGCGGUGGUGGAGAUGAGUGGAGCGAGCGAGUCAGUGGUGAUGGUACAAGACAGAGCGUGGUUGAUGUUACGGCAAGCGAUAGCGAGGAUGAUGGUGCCGAUGAUGGUGGUAGCGAUGGCGACAGGGGCACUACUGCUGGCGGUGAUGGCGGGAGGAAGCCAACGCGACUGCUGCGGCGGCUGCGCGGGUUUAAUGGCGGUGCAUCCAGCACAGACAGGCUGCCCCGUCCCCGCAACUCCCGCCGAGAUGGUGGCGGGCGCCGCGCGAGCGUGUUCCACUCCAUGGUGCAGCGGCGCGAUGGCGGAUUCCAUGAGCUGGAGCUGGAUGGCCAUGGCAAUGGUGGCGAUGGUGGUGGUGGUGGUGGUGGUGGUGGCGAUGGUGGUGGUAACGGCCCUGUUGUGCAGCGUGUGGCCGAUGGGCUUGGGCUGGUGCCACUUGCGGUGUUAUUACCGGCGGUUGUGCUGGCCGGGUUUGUCAUUUCGGUGCAGUAUGGCGCAUGCAAGAGCCCGCAUUACUACGCGGUGGCGUGGAUGCUGGUGUCGUGCUUCAACAUUGGCGUGUCGCUGACGCUGCUGGUGCGGUGGCUGGGGCCAUUCCCCUCUGCUCGCUUGAAGUCGCAGCUUACGCUUCUCCACCCGCGCACGUUCACGUGGGGCCCCACAGUGUGGAUGGUGUUGCUGUGCGUGCUCAUGUCGACUGCAAGCACGGGUCUGCUUGUGCACCGCGACGCCGUGGCUGCGGACGUGACGCUUGCGGAGGUGGUGCAGCAGGUGGAUAUGGUGCUGGCGAUGGUGGUGGGGAUGGCGACGCACGCCAAGCGGCAGAGCCCGGACAGCAGGGAGCACCGCAAGUGGGCACAGCUGUGCAGCAACCGCGCCUUUGCCAUCAUGCUGCUACUUGCCUUUUCCCAAUUCGCAAUCUGCUUUGCCAAUCUCGACAACUACGUUCGCCUCAACAGCCCGGGAUUUGUGCACACACGCCUGCCGCUGAUCGACCACUGGGCGCUCGGGUUGUAUCCGUUUUUCAUUCUCGCCCGUCUUGGCCUCGGCCUCCUCCUCGCUCGCUCAUGCAUCGCCUGCCACGUCUGA